UGCUUGUCCAAGCAGCGUCCAGCUUGGCCAAUGACGCUUGCGUCGAUAGCAAGUGCAGCAUAGCCAAGAAUUGCAGGUGUUCCAACGGUGCAUCGCCUUUUACCGGAAAGUUAACUGACUGGCCUCAACUCGUAAGUCUGACCUUCGACGAUGCCAUUACCAAAGACCUCUACGAUACCUACUUAGAUCCUUUACUGUUCAACUACAAAAAUCCCGAUAAGAAGCCCAUUGGAGCAACUUUCUUCGUUCCCCACGAGUACACGAACUACCAGAUAGUCAACAAUUUGUACAACUAUGGCUUCGAAAUCGGCGUCAAUUCCAUUACGAAGAAUCCUCUGCAGAAAUAUUGGAGAACGGCCACGGUGGACCAACUGGUGCAGGAAUUCUCCGGCCAGAAGCAUAUUAUCAACAAAUUCGCGAGUAUUCCCGAGGAACAAAUCAUGGGAGUGCGAACGCCUGAGCUUCAAUUAGCCGGCGACAAUUCCAUCGAUGCCUUCAUCAAAGCCAAAUUGUUAUACGACAGCUCCUGGCCUUCUUUACCAUCGACUAGAUUGUUCCCUUACACUCUAGAUUUCGCAUCGACCCAGGAGUGUCUUCUAGGCGCCAAAUGCCCCAACAGCUCUUUCCCGGGCUUCUGGGUGCUUCCCAUCAACGAAUUAACCGGAGCCGAUGGGGAAGGUUGCAAUGUAAUUAAAGGGUGUAAUGUGGAAGGUACUGCUCAACAAAUAUCAGAAUGGCUGGUUAAGGAAGUAGAUGAUAUAGCUAAAACAUCCAGGGCUCCUUUGACGCUUAUGUUGAGCAAGUCUUGGUUCAAUUCUACAGCGAAUAGUGAAGAAGGUUUCCUGCAGUUUAUGAACACUAUGACUAGUAGAAAGGACGUGUUUUUCGUUACGCAACGACAGGCCUUAAACUACAUGAAAAAUCCGGUGAAAUUGGCCGCUUUUAAAACGGAGACGAUGCCUCCUGCGGCGAAUUGCGAUCCAAAGAAAUGCUCGCUUAAAAAUGGGAAGGAGUCGGUGACGUUUUAUAUUUGUACCUCUUGCCCGAACCAGUACCCUUGGCUUGGUAAUCCGGAUGGUAAUUAGAUAAUACUGCUAUUAUUAAAGACAUAUUGUUACUUUAAUUGUGAAUAAACGUGUUGUUUUA